CGAAAAUAAAUUGGGCUCUGUUGCAAAGCUCAAGGUCGUACAAAUACUCAGACGAAUUUUCUUCAGGAAACAUGAGACGACUUGGCAGAGUUACAGGAUGGUUUCUAAAUGUCACAGGUGCCGAAAAUGGAAGUUGCGGCUUAAUGAGAUCGAAUCUGAGAUGCCGAAUGUGUUCCACAGUGCAAGUGAAAGAAGUGGUGAAAAAUGCUACCAGAGACACUAGUAAAGAAGGAGACAAGUUAAGGAGUGUAAUGAGAUUAGUACCACAACCAGUGGUGGUAGUGACAACAGCAGCGUAUGAUGAUAAAUCUCACAGCUGGACCAAAAGAGGCUUAACAUGCAGCUCUUUCACAAGUACUUCACUAGAACCACCUAUAGUGUCAGUCUGUGUCAACAAUCCAAGUCGUUUCCACAAUACACUACUUCAAUCAAAUUAUUUUGCAGUAAAUGUGUUAGCCAAAAAUCAGAUCAAGCUUAGUGUUCAUUUUUCAACUCCAGCAAAAGAUGGUGUCGACCAGUUUGGAACAGUUAUACAUGAAUCUGGAAUCAAGGGCACUCCUCUGAUAAAUGGUGCAUUGGCAAUCCUGCAAUGUAAAUUGCAUUCUGUACAUCAGAUAGGAGAUCACAAUGUAUUCUAUGGAGAACUAUUAGAAACCUCUACAAGUGCAGAAAUAGGAGAGCCAAUGUUAUAUUACAGAAGGAAAUACAGAACGAUUGGAGAUGAAGUAUUUAUGCAUGCCUUUGAAGACAAGACAUUACCAUUUGAAGACUGGACACAUGAAGCCCAUUUGCGCAUGGCUUGGAAUUAUAUAAGAGAAUGGGGGAAAGAAGAAGCUAUUCCUCUGAUAAAGAAAGGUAUCAAAGAGUAUAAUGAGAGACACAAACAUUUAAUUUCAAGAGGUUACCAUGAAACUAUUACCAUGUUCUAUAUCAACAUGAUUAGUCAUGCUAUGGAACAGAGCAGGGGAACAGAAACUACAUUUGAAGAUUUUAUACAUCAACAUCAGUAUCUCACAGACAAGAACCUUUUGUUUGAAUAUUAUUCAGAACAGUUGCUCUAUACAGAAGAUGCUGCACAAAGAUUCAAAAUACCAGACAAAUGUAGACUUCCCACUUGAUACAGUUUUGCAAGAUUAGAAUGCCAACAUGGAGAAUGACAUUUUAGCCAAGAGGAUGAAGUAAUUACUGUGCCAGACAAGACACUUUUCUGUACCAUAUACAAUGUAGGAAUUCCUGCCUAUGGAGGAUAAAGACAAUAAAAAACUGUAAUUUAAUGACCAAAAAUAAGAAGUUGAAAUGGGUGUCACAGGAAGUAAAAUAUUUAGUGUAAAGACUGAUGUUUUCCAUAUUUAUUUGCAUAAGCCACUGUUCUAGAGCCUUUUGAAUGGAAGAGAUUCUAUAGAAAAAUGCCAGUUUAGAUAUAUUGUUCUAAAACGGGAAUUCAAUUGUGGUUGUAUAUUUACAGUGCUCAAGUUUUUAAAGUAAGUUCAGUG